AUGAAAGUUAGUUUAUCAGAGUCUAUUAUUAGUCAUAUGAACAGAGGUAAAAAACGAAAGCUAAAAAUUGACACCUGGAAGCAGACUUUAAGAAAACAUCAGAGGGAUGCAGGAGAAGCAUACAUUUCAUCGAGAAACGUACCUAAGGCUGCGUUAAGCCAGCCAGAAGAGGAACGUGUCUGCAAAUGUCCUCAAACCCCCAGAGGAUGUAACGCCGAUUUGCUCAUUGGAAGACAUGUGAGUCUGUUCCAGAAAUUUAGGAAGCUUCAUUAUGAUGGUCAGUCGCAAUAUCUGUCGCAAAUCAUAUCCCUCCAAGAACCAAAACGUAGGAGAGUUGAGGAAAAUAUAUCUCGUAGACAUUGCACUGUAAAGUACAGUAUUAAUGGCACUCAAGUAUGUAGAGGAACAGUUUGUUAUAUAUUCUCAAUUACGCCUAGAAGAUUACAGUGGCUUAUUGGUAAACUUAAAGCGAACAUGAAUAACCUUCAAGAUCAACGUGGAAAGCAUCUCAAUCGUCCUAAAAAGUUGAAAAACAUGGACGUAGGUCUCAUUUCCGAUCACAUCCGAUCGUUUCCCCUACAGGAAAAUCAUUACAGCAGAAAUACUUCAGCCAAACAAUGCCUUCCAGCUGAUCUAAAUAUCUCAAAAAUCUUCAGACUUUUUAAGGAGAAAUACCCCGAUGCAAAUAAUAUUUCCUUUAGGGUUUAUCACGACAUUUUCAAGAGCAAGUUCAAUCUGCGAUUUGGUCUACCAAGAUCUGACACAUGUUCGUUUUGUGACAAGCUGUUUAUGAAACUUUGUUCAACUGAUGACGCUAAUGAAAAGAAAAAAAUAGAAAUCGAGAGUGAGAUCCACCAUAGAAAAGCUGAAGCGGGUUAUAAAACAUUGAAAGAUGAUACCGAGACCUCUAAACUCAAUCCAAAUUAUGUUGUGUUGUGCACAGAUCUGCAACAAGUGCUUUUUUGUCCCAAUUUAACACAUUCAUCUGUAUUCUAUCAAAGGCAAUUCUCAACAUAUAACUAUGCUGUUCAUAAUAUGGGGGAGGAAAAUGCAACAAUGUUACUAUGGCAUGAAGCAAUGGCACAUCGGGGAUCUACAGAGAUUGCUUCAGCACUACUAUUCUAUAUUACUAACAAGUAUAGUCGUCUCAAAGCAGGUGUAGAAAGAAAACUAGUUGUAUGGUCAGACAGGGAGACUGAAGAAAGGGAUUUAGUUGAGGUGAAGAGGUUGCCACUCAAUGAACGUUGUUACUCAAACAAUGAAGAAGUGCCUGUAUCAAAGUGGAAGCGAAAAGUUAAACGGUGUUGUCAAAAUUGUUAGCUCGUAGAACUAUCAGAUCUAAAGCCAAUUGUUGGGAGGUGCAAUGCCUAUGAAACCUAUGUGCACCCGUUUUAUCUGUGAUUUUAUUUAGAACUAAUAAUUUGUACAUACAGAUGUAGAGUAUUGUAGUAUUUCUAAUUGGUACAAAGUUAUUACUAGAAGUUCAUCUGUAAUUAAUCUUAAUUAAAAUUUCUAGAACCAUGAAAACACGUCAGACGUUUUAAUCGUAAUUUUGGAGUACUCAAAUUAUAAAUC